AUGGCCCGCCUUAUGGAUGCGAUCAAAAAGGACCACCGAGAGCUCGAAGAAUACUACAACAUCAUCGUGAGCUCCGGAAAUACUGAUGAGCAAAUCCGCUUCCAGAACAAGUUCACCUGGGAACUCGCCCGCCAUGCGAUAGGCGAAGAGCUGGUCGUCUAUCCUGCACUCGAGAAAUAUCUCCCAAACGGCACUGCAACGGCCGAUAAGGACCGUGAAGAACAUCAGACUAUUAAAGAAAAGCUUCAAAAGUUCCAGGACAUGCACCCCUCCGAUGCAUCCUUCAUGCCGAUCCUCAAGUCUAUGAUGGUAGACCUCGAGAAGCACAUCGAGGAAGAGGAAACCAUUGACUUUGUCAAGCUGGAGGACGCAAUCACCCCCAAGGAGAGUGAGAGCCUGUCCAAGUCGUUUGGCCGAACGAAGAUGUUUGUUCCCACCCGGUCGCAUCCCAACACCCCGAACAAACCUCCUUUCGAGACGGUGGUCGGGCUGCUGGCUGCACCAAUUGACCAUCUAGCGGAUAUGUUCCGUAAAUGGCCUGACGAUGUGAUCAAUCCCAAUCCAUCUUCUGAAUAG